GCUCAUACCACAUCGCGACGAUGUCGCCAAACGAGAGCAUUGCUGCCCACAGCCGAGUCUCCUUUCAGCUACAGCAAGCGCUCGAGGUCCUCCUUGCCCAGCUCUCGGUCACGAGCCUUGGACCUGUGGUGCUCUGGCGCUGGGAUCACCUCAAGCUGUCCCAGCACUUGUACUUUGUUUGCAUUCAAGUCAGCUACUCGGAGAACGAUCCGCCAGUCGCCAUGGUGCCGUGGCAGUCCCUCGACGCCCUUCUCAACACAACGACUCGGUUUCAGCUCGAUCCGCUGUCGAUGCGCGUCCGGUUUCGGCUCGGCGUGGCCACGUUGCUGCCGAGUACCGACGAGAGCGACGUCUUGUUCUCGCCAUGGGAUGUUGUGGCCCGACGUUCCAGCCUUCCGCUGCCCACCGUCGAAAGCGAUGCCUCGUCUGCGACCUUUUCGUGGCCGACAUGGCCCAUCGAGCUCUUGCAUUGCGCUACAUUGCAGCUCGAACGGUGCAUCGAUGACGACGACUGGCGCCUUGAGUACACGGGCGUUGUCGGUCCAGUGCACGUGAUGGAUUUGCCUCCGCAGUCGCGCCUCGCCUUCCGCGUGCGCCUUGCACACUGUGACAAAGUCCUUGGCACCGCGCUGCUCGGCGAGAUCACAGAGAUAAACGACUGGACGCUUCUCUCCAUCGUGACAGCGCCGGCCGCAAUCUCGGUCUGGGGUGUCCAGCAGCACUGGUGGCUCCACGCUGCGUGCAACGACGCUCUCGCAUCGGCAGGUGCUUGGGCGGUGGUUGUCAGUGGCGGUGACGAGACCAUGCGGCAGCCCCUCCGCAGCUUCAAAACACCACACGGGCUACUGCAACUGCGACCCGACACAGAGUACGAUGUCCGCAUCCAAGUGCAGAGCGGUUGCUGCGUGGCCACGUCGCCUGCCGAGCGCAUACGCACGUCGCUCUCUCUGCAUCUCGACACCAUCGCGUCUCAUGCACCAACCACGCAGCUGCGCUGGUCGACGCCACCGUAUUGGCUCGCCGCGUCCUCUAUUUUUAUUGAGCUGCAAGUGUAUACCGCCAGCGAUACGUGGGCCGUCAGUGACGCGCCGCCAAAACAUGACAACGCCGCGUCAUCGACGGUCGUUGACGUGGCCCCGCGAGAGCUGCUCGACGUGUACCGCUUGAAUCUGCGCGCAGGAAGUGCUGAUUUAACAUCGUCCUUACCGGUCGUCGUUGUCCAAGCCAUCCCGCUUCGCCUGCGCGGCAUGGGGUGUCACCUUCGACUCGAGUGGAGCUGGGCGCUGCCGCCGCACCUCGCCGAGUACACGGCGCGCUUCCAAGUGUGGUUGUCCCGAGAUCGUUCGCCGCUGGUGCGCCUCGAGCCAGCGCCCACCCUUGUUCAUGACUCCGGGAGCAACCUGUACGUGACCGACGUGGUGCUGGCGCGGGCGUCAACCUACACGUGCGCGGUCGUCGCGGAGAUCGAUCAUCAGUUUACUUCCCCGGUCGCGCCAUUGUCGCAUUCAACCGCCUGGCCUCUCUGUACGCUCGACAUCGCCGAGACCACCUAUGAGAGCGCCCUUGUCGUUCUCAGUCUCAAGACACCCGACUGGUGUCGCACCAGCCUUGAGAGCUGCGUCGAAAUCGAACAUGGUGGCGCAUGGGUCGGUGCCACGCCAGCGACCGUGGCCACCAGAGACGACGGCGUCUGUCAAUUCGAGUGCCGCCUCUCGUCGCUGCCAUCCCACUGCGAGUGUCUCGUGCGGCUAGGCGUGCGCUGGGCCGCCACGCAUGCGUUCGAGUUCGUGGCGCAAACUACUUUUCUCACAGGCUGCGGCCCCCUGACGAUUGACGCGCUCAGUCACGGCAGGUUGCGCCUCUCGUGGCCGCCGGCGCCCGACGCACACGCCGAGUACGAUGUGCAGUGCUACGAGCCAUCGCACCGCCGCUUUGAAACCAGGCGAGUCUCGUACUAG